GGUUCAGUUCAAACUCUAACGCCGCGUCCGGCAGACGCGGCUUCGGUGCCGUAACCCCUCACCCCCUCACCCUUCUACAGUGUAGUGCACUUUGUGCCCGUGACAUUAUAUUUUACCCUGUGCUUGUGACCCAAAACUCAAGAUGGUUGCCGGCGGAAAACAGAUGAACGUCCGAGUGACGACCAUGGACGCGGAGCUGGAGUUCGCGAUCCAGCAGACGACGACCGGCAAGCAGCUGUUCGACCAGGUCGUGAAGACCAUCGGCCUCCGCGAGGUCUGGUUCUUCGGGCUGCAGUACACCGACUCUAAGGGCGACCUCACCUGGAUCAAGCUCUACAAGAAGGUGAUGCAACAGGACGUAAAGAAGGAGAACCCCCUUCAGUUCAAGUUCCGCGCCAAAUUCUACCCCGAAGACGUUGCCGACGAGCUCAUCCAGGAGAUCACACUCAAACUCUUCUACCUGCAAGUGAAAAAUGCGAUCUUAUCCGACGAGAUCUACUGCCCGCCGGAGACGUCGGUGCUCCUGGCCUCGUACGCGGUGCAGGCGCGACAUGGCGACCACAACCCCGCCCUGCACGGGCCCGGCUUCCUCGCCAACGACCGCCUGCUGCCGCAGCGCGUCACCGACCAGCACAAGAUGUCCCGCGAGGAGUGGGAGCAAAGCAUCACGAACUGGUGGCAGGAGCACCGCGGCAUGCUGCGCGAGGACGCCAUGAUGGAGUACCUCAAGAUCGCGCAGGACCUCGAAAUGUACGGCGUCAACUACUUCGAGAUCCGCAACAAGAAGAACACGGAACUCUGGCUGGGCGUCGACGCGCUCGGACUCAACAUCUACGAGAAGGAUGACAAACUAACGCCAAAGAUCGGCUUCCCGUGGUCGGAGAUCCGCAACAUAUCGUUCAACGACCGCAAAUUCAUCAUCAAGCCGAUCGACAAGAAGGCGCCGGACUUCGUGUUCUUCGCGCCUCGCGUGCGCGUCAACAAGCGCAUCCUCGCGCUGUGCAUGGGCAACCACGAGCUGUACAUGCGGCGCCGCAAGCCAGACACCAUUGACGUGCAGCAGAUGAAGGCGCAGGCGCGCGAGGAGAAGCUGGCCAAGCAGGCGCAGAGGGAGAAACUGCAGUUGGAGAUCGCGGCGCGCGAGCGUGCUGAGAAAAAGCAGCAGGAGUAUGAGGACCGCUUGCGUCACAUGCAAGAAGAGAUGGAGCGCUCGCAGGCGAACCUGCUAGAAGCUCAGGACAUGAUCCGGCGGCUGGAGGAGCAGCUGAAGCAGCUGCAGGCCGCCAAGGACGAGCUGGAGCGCCGUCAGGGCGAACUGCACGCCAUGAUGCAGCGCCUCGAGGAGACCAAGAACAUGGAAGCAGUGGAGCGCGCGAAGCUAGAAGAGGAAAUCCGCGCCAAACAGGAGGAAGUGGCUCGCAUCCAGACCGAGGUGGAGGCCAAGGACUCCGAGACGCGCCGUCUGCAGGAGGAGGUCGAGGAGGCGCGCCGCAAGCAGGACGAGGCGGCAGCCAUGCUGGCAGCGGCCACGACGCCGACGCACCACCACGUGGCGGAGCAGCGCGGCGGCGAGGAGGGCUCCGCGGCCGAGGACGGCGGCUCCGACGCCGGCUCCGAGUCCGGCGGCGGCGACCUCGUGCGAGGACCCGACAACCUCGUCGACCCCGUCGCCGACCGCCGCACGCUCGCCGAGCGCUCCGAGCGCCUGCACAGCCAGCUCAACGCCCUGAAACAAGACUUAGCGCAGUCCCGCGACGAGACGAAAGAGACGGCGAUGGACAAGAUACACCGCGAAAACGUGCGCCAGGGCCGCGACAAGUACAAGACUCUGCGUGAGAUCCGCAAGGGGAACACCAAGCGGCGCGUCGACCAAUUCGAGAAUAUGUAGGGGCCCGACGUCCUGGGGCGGUGGCCGUUUGCUGAGUGCCUGGUGCUAAGCCGAACUAUUGCUGAACGGUCGGACACUUGACACGGACUACUUUUGAUAAUUCUAUGUAGGAUUUUAUACGAUUAUGGACGAUAACGUCACUUUUAAGGACUGGAACGCAACUGCAACGAAACUACAACUUCUAGUCACUUUUGAGUUGCAUCAAGUUUCUACCAUAGCGACCGUUGAGAUACCACACGUUGCAACGCGUUUCAAACUGGUCGCGUCAUGUGUCUCCCAACGGAAUCUAUGGCAGAAACUUAGAUGCAACUCAAAAGUAACUAGAAGUUGAAGUUCGUUGCAAUUGCGUUUCACCGUGUGUUCUGGGCCUAACUGUCGCGUUUCGAAGUCAAUUCAUCAAAUUGAUUUCGGAUAUUUUGAGUAACGAAUAAUACUUUUAAAAACCUCACAUUGUUAAUUAAUACAUUAUUUAGGUACCAGUGUCACCUGUCCUAUUGAAUUCGACUUCUAUUAAACCGGGAGGCGAAGAUUCAACGAUAGUUUGGCGGUCCAAAUGUAGCGUGACUUAUCGUGCGCUUCCGAAGCACCACAUAUCGAGUCCUAUUGCACUAAACAUUAAUUGAUUUAUUUGACGUCACUGAAACUAUAAACGCAACUCGUACGGAGUCAAUUCAUUAUUAUGAAUAGUGUACUUGGCUUGUAAAUCUAGAUAGGUCUAUAUUUAAGUGCCAAAAGUAUAUUUUUACAAUCUCAAAGCAAACGACAGGAACUGUCACCGCUGCCGCUCGGUGCGGCCGGCCGCUAGGAGUAGGCUAAGGAUACAAUUGUAGUCUUUACAGUUGAGGUUUAAAGGUUAUAAUUGUGUGGCGCGCGGCAACCCCGAACAUAGCGUGGAUCCACCGCAUUCAAUCGAAAAAUAUCGACAUUGCAUUGGCAAUUUUUAACCAAACUGCAUUUUAGUUGCAUUUAAAAUACCUCUUCAAGGGGAUUUCCCUCUCGACGAGGCGAAACUUACUUCAUUGAUACAAAUCAAAGCAUAGUAUUGUCCCGUCCCCUAGUGCUGUGGGUCCAGGCAUGCCGCGCCGCAGUCGGGACUGCAAUGUAAAUAUUGAUUAUUACUUAAUAGUAAUUUUAUUUUAGACCAUAAUGUGCUAUAACCGAGUAAUGUAUACGUCGUCCCUCGAUAUUUCGUAUAUAUUUUACCGCCGCCCGCAAUCGAAUCGACGGGCGCGCAGAUUGUUUUUAUUAUUAUUGUAAUUUAUUUUUAAGCGAUUCGGAUUUUAUUCUAUAACCUAUUAUGUUGUAUUUGUAUCGGACGGAUGCGAGUCAUAAAUUAGAGAGCUGUGCGCUUCGAGUUGAUGGUAGAUUCGUUUUAUUAUAGUUGGCCUGUUGAUUUAUUUUAGUGGUCGUGUGGCCGAGGAUGACGGGAGCGCUUCGGGGGCGCGGGUGAAAGGUGGGGGCGUCGCCCCUUAUUUAUUUUUAUAAUCAUUUAUAUUUUAGAUAUAGGAGUUGAAUUAGAGCUUCGAGUGUAAUUAUCGUUUCAGACAGAUUUGUUGUUCACCACUUGAUGUUCUGUAAAUGUGCGCUGAUAUUAUGUUAUGUAUGAUACGCGAAUAUAUGCAGUCGGCUCGGUCGCCCGGCCGCCGCGGGUUGGAUUCGCAAACGAUCGGCCUACGAUUCUGUCCCCACUUAACUCUUGAACAAAAUUUUAAAUAGUUACUGAGACUAUUCGAUUGUAUGCUUAAAGAAAGUGUAUGAUUUAAUUUUUAAGUGAAAUAAAAGGCAUUCCAUAAGUUACUGAGCGGUGGCGUUUACUUGAUUUCGAUGAAAAUUAAAAAUAGUUGCAAUAACUUGUUUGCGUUUUGUUUU